AUGUGCUGCUCGGCCCUGGCUUUCCUUAGCGCCGCAUUUGUCUGCCUGCAAAACUGCCGGCCAGGUCCUGCCCCAUUCCUCCGGGCGGCCUGGGUGUUCUCAGUUGUUCUUGGACUGGGCCAAAGUGAAAACAGCAGAUGUGCAUCUUCGAAUGCAGCAUCCUGCACCAAGUGCCUUGCGCUGGAUCCAGAAUGUGGAUGGUGUGCUCAAGAGGAUUUCAUUUCAGGUGGAUCAAGGAGUGGACGUUGUGAUACUGUUGCCAAUUUAAUAAGCAAAGGAUGUUUGAUUGAUUCAAUAGAAUACCCAUCUGUGAAUGUAAAACCAACUGAAAAUGAAAUUAAUACCCAGGUGACACCAGGAGAAGUAUUGGUCCAGCUGCGACCAGGAGCUGAAGCUAAUUUUAUGCUGAAAAUUCAUCCUCUGAAGAAAUAUCCUGUGGAUCUUUAUUAUCUGGUUGAUGUUUCGGCAUCAAUGCACAAUAAUAUUGAAAAAUUAAAUUCCAUUGGAAAUGAUUUAUCUAGAAAAAUGGCAUUUUUCUCCCAUGACUUCCGCAUUGGAUUUGGUUCAUAUGUUGAUAAAACAGUUUCACCAUACAUUAGCAUCCACCCAGAAAGGAUUCACAAUCAAUGCAGCGACUACAAUUUAGACUGUAUGCCUCCCCAUGGAUAUAUCCAUGUGCUAUCUUUGACGGAGAACAUCACUGAGUUUGAAAAAGCGGUACAUAGGCAGAAGAUCUCUGGAAAUAUCGAUACACCUGAAGGAGGUUUUGAUGCUAUGCUUCAGGCAGCUGUCUGUGAGAGUCAUAUUGGAUGGCGAAAAGAAGCUAAAAGAUUGCUGCUGGUGAUGACUGAUCAGACAUCUCAUCUUGCUCUUGAUAGCAAAUUGGCAGGCAUAGUGGUGCCAAAUGAUGGAAAUUGCCAUCUGAAAAACAACGUCUAUGUCAGAUCAACAAGCAUGGAACAUCCCUCGCUAGGCCAACUCUCAGAAAAGUUAAUAGACAACAACAUUAAUGUCAUCUUUGCAGUUCAAGGAAAACAGUUCCAUUGGUAUAAGGAUCUUCUGCCCCUGUUGCCUGGUACCAUUGCUGGGGAAAUAGAAUCCAAGGCUGCAAACCUUAAUAAUUUGGUAGUAGAAGCCUAUCAGAAACUUAUUUCAGAAGUGAAAGUUCAGGUGGAAAACCAGAUAAAAGGCAUCGAUUUAAACAUUACCGCGAUCUGUCCAGAUGGGACCAGAAGGCCAGGCACAGAAGGAUGCAGAAACGUAACGAGCAAUGAUGAAGUUCUUUUCAAUGUAACAGUUAUAAUGAAAAACUGUGACGUCACAGGAGGAAAAAGCUAUGCAAUAAUCAAACCUAUUGGUUUCAAUGAAACCACUAAAAUUCAUAUACACAGAAACUGCAGCUGUGAGUGUGAUGAAAUUAGAGGACCUAAAAGAAAGUGUGUAGAUGAAACUUUACUAGACUCCAAGUGUUUCCAAUGUGAUGAGGAUAAAUGUCAUUUUGAUGACGAUCAAGUCCCUUCUGAGAGUUGCAAGUCACACAAGGAUCAACCUUUUUGCAGUGGUCGAGGAGUUUGUAUUUGUGGGAGAUGUUUGUGUCAUAAAACUAAGCUUGGAAAAGUAUAUGGAAAAUACUGUGAAAAGGAUGAUUUCUCUUGUCCAUAUCACCAAGGAAAUCUAUGUGCCGGGCACGGAGAAUGUGAAGCAGGCAGAUGCCGGUGCUUCAGCGGCUGGGAAGGAGAUCGGUGCCAGUGCCCAUCAACAUCAGCCCAACACUGUGUCAAUCCCAAGGGCCAAGUGUGCAGUGGAAGAGGCACAUGUGUAUGUGGCAAGUGCGAGUGCACUGACCCCAGGAGCAUCGGCCGCUUCUGUGAACACUGCCCCACGUGUCACAUAGGGUGCAAUGAAAACUGGAAUUGUGUGCAAUGUCUUCACCCCCACAAUCUGUCUCAAGCUAUACUUAAUCGGUGUAAAUCCUCAUGUGCUUUCAUGGAACAGCAUUAUGUGGACCAAACAUCAGAAUGCUUCUCUAGUCCAAGCUACAUGAGGAUAUUUUUUAUCAUUUUCAUAGUUACGUUCUUGAUUGGGUUGCUUAAAGUCCUUAUCAUUAGACAGGUGAUAUUACAAUGGAAUAGUAAUAAAAUGAAGUCCUCAGCAGAUUACAGGGUGUCAGCCACCAAAAAGGACAAGUCAAUUCUGCAAAGUGUUUGCACAAGAGCAGUGACCUACCGACGUGAGAAGCCUGAAGAAAUAAAAAUGGAUAUCAGCAAAUUAAAUGCUCAUGAAACUUUCAGGUGCAACUUCUAA